AUGGCGGCCACCAGCGGCGCUGCCGCGGGGCCGCCAGCCCGGACUGCAGCCUGUGCUUCUCGGCGGGGCCUCGGCGCCACGGCAGGAUGCCACGGCUGGCGGCGGGCUGGGCAGGUGGCGGGGCCCUCGCGGGCGGCGCUGGCCGUGCUGCCCGCGCUGUGGGCCGUGUGCACGCUGCAGCCGUGGCACACGGGCCAGGCUUCCGACGCCACCGGGGCGGGCUUCGUGGCGCCGCGGCACGGCGGUGGUCACGGCAGGCAGCCGCUGACGGCCAUGGGUGCGAGAGUAGAAGCGGAGCUGAAGACGCCGCACUGGCAGAAAGAGGGAGCCGAAGGAUGGACCGAUUACACCAGGUACGCGCUGGGCAUCGAGGACCGCGACCCGUCGAGCCAGGGAGCCGAUCGGCCCAAGGCCAGGCUGCCCGAGCUCGUGGAUCGGAGGCGCUCCCUGGGCGUCGACUUCGGGCCUGAGUUCACCGGGCUGUCGAUGUCCCUCGGCUCUGUCAAUACCAUCCCGCUUGGCACCCUGUCGACUGGGGAGGACUGGAAGGAGACGGUGCUCACGAUCGCGCAGACCGCCAGCACCCGCCGUAUACAAGACAUAGUGAUCGGCCUCCCGCUGGAGAAGGACGGGUCGGACGGCAAGAUUGCGACGCUGGUGCGCUACUUCUCCCAGCUGCUGGCGGACGACGCCUGCCUGCUGCUGCUGGGCCCCCACGUCGGGGUUUACCUCUGGGACGAGCGAUUCUCCACCACCUACGCCGCCAUGAGGCUUGUAACCAGGCCCUCGUUCUACGCCGGCUCGUUCAAGUCCUGGCUGGACGGCCAGCGGGGGCUCGAGGUCAACGCAAAGGCCCUGCUGGAUGCGGAGGCGGCCCGCGCCAUCCUGGAGCACUGGCUCGAGGGCGACCCGACCAUGGGGCUCUCGAACAAGGAGCGGUCGGAGCGCGUCGCGCCGUCCAGGGAGUCCGUCCGGGAGUACCUGGCGUGGAAGAAGAAUCCGCUGGUGGGAGUCCGGCGGCCCGUGGAGCCUCAGGGCCCCGGCAAGGAGGCCAUCGAGUGGGACGACAUGCACCCCGAGUACGAGGACCAGCUGCGGGACCCGAGGUUCAUCAGGGAGGAGGAGGAGCGGUUCGCCGCGUACAUCCGCCAACAGAGGGUGGCCAACAGAGCAGCUGUACUUGGGGCGCGCCUCCCCAAGUACCGCUCGAAGGAGGACAACUCCGAGCUCAAGAAGCACUUCGCGAAGGCGAUGAACAUGCCGUCGGACGACCGCCUCAUGCCGGGCGGGUACAACAAGCCAAAGGGAUUCAGAGGCAUGUACACAAAGGGGAAGCAAUAUCUCGUGCUGUCUGCUCUUCCCUCGAGCACCCUGCCGGGAGCUGCUCUGAGCGCGCGGCCGGGCCUCUCCAGGCGCAGUGGGCCGAGGUCCGGGCGCUCCGUGGCGGGCGGGCACAGGGGAGGGCAGAGAGGGAGGCAGGGGCAGCUUGACUCUCUCUUGGUCGUGCCGUGA